CCCAAACUCCCAGUCAUCCUAAUUUUUCAUCACCUUUGCGCACACACCGUGCCUAGGAAGAUCUUAAGGGCAUCAGCAGUGUGGGUGUGGAGAGAGAGAGAGAGAGAGAGAAAGAGAGAGAUGGGGGAGUCGGGAGGGGCCCAUGCCAUUGCCCAAUUGUACGGGUUCGAAUUUCACCAAAGCCAUCCACCAUCCAUCUAUCCCUUCCCAGUCGCCUAGGAACGGUACGUCCUGAUCCGGAUCAACGCUGGGCCCAAUCCUCUGGCAUUCUCGUACUACAGCGCCGCCCACGCUAGAUGACAAUGGCUGCCGGCUAGUGUUGGAGCUGGCUUCAACUUCAAGGGACUGCCAUGCAAUCGGCAGCCCUUGUCCAUUCGACAUCCCGCCGAAUCUCUAGCCUCGUCUACCUCCAAGGCAGCCAGGCCAGCCCUCGAGGUUUAAUCGUCGUCCAGGGCCGCCAGGGCCUCGUAAACUCAUCCCCUCCACCACAUCAUUCACCCAACGACAAACUGGAAGGGCACGAAGAAAUUCAGCUCGAAAUCGCCACUCAUGCCAGUUCAUGAGCCAUAGCUGGAACUUCAAGACACAUAUCGCCCUCGAAUGGACCCCUGGAGACCGACGCCAGCGAUUCACGCAUACACCAGUCAGCUACUAGAGUCAGAAUCCUUAUCUCUUGGAUGCCAGGGGUGGGGCCUGGUUCGCCCGUCCCGACUGCAUCUCGAGCGCCUCUGCGAGCCUCCCAGAGAUAAGCAACAAGCUCGCAAGCCUCUGUUUCGUCACAGGCAAAGACCGUCGAGAUAAGGCAUGGGCCCGGAGUUAGAGGCUAUUCUUCUCGCCUUAUCGGCUCAGAGUGCUUCGCUAUCCUGACGAUGAGAGUCGCAAGAGCGGACAGCCAGCGCCACCUACCCAAUCUCAGGAUCUCGCCUCCUCGUCAAUAUUAGCGCUUAACAGAAAGCAGUCUUCUUUCAGCUGGGUCGUGAACAUCUGGGGAAAGCCUCGACCUAUCAACCUUGUCAUCAACGAUCUCACCCGCGAUCUACAUCGUAAUCAGCUCUGAACGAAGUUUCCAACGUGCUCGCUCUCUCAGUGACACCAUCUCGCUUGGUUCCGAGCCCAACCCCCUGGACAACCUCGCAAGGCACACCCCCGGGUAUACCUGUCAAUUCUUCGAGCUUCUCCUUGGCUCCCGGCCAUCAAGAGGGUCGAGUGGAUCGAGACAAAACGUGCAGCACCGGGACUGUCCUUCGAGACACUGUCCUAGUCCUCCAACCUACAUACGCUACAGGAAGAAUUGUGUCAUUUCCGCCCUUCUCCCGGUCAGAGAUUCUUAUCAGAGAGAUCGACAGGCUAGCCCGCUAUUAAGGCUACCACACAAGUUGGUCCGGUCUGGUCUCUGGGCGCCGCUUGGCCGCCUCCAUCACACCAGCGCCUCUCCUUCACCCUCUCGAUUGCGGCCCCCCUUCCUUCCCCUUCCCCUUGUAUCCCCACUGGUAGAGCAAGGGAUUGCUCACGGCAGAUUUGAUUUGGCCUAGCGCGUCGUUCUUCCGGAGAUGUUCAAACCGUUUCCAAUCUCUAGAACCGCAUGUCAAUCAAUUGCAAGCAGCCAUAUAAGACCUCGUCACUGGGCCUUCAAGGUGUAUUGUCCGGAGAGAACAUCAUCCAACAACUCGACGACAUUGUUACAGAGAUUCUUACGACAGAUCUCAACCCGGGGUCCUCUCGAAAAGCUUCCCGUCCCAUUAUUGACGACUUACACGAACCUCCCUAAGCCGGUACUACAAACUCCACAUCACGAGGCCGAAGCAUCACGAACAAACAACUCAAAACUUGCAAAAUGCAAUUUUCUGUUCUUUGGAGGGCACCUGAGGUGAACCCUGUCAAUCGCAAGGCCCGCAGCAUUCCGGUGUUGAACAUUUUCAAUGUCUAUGCGCGCGCGUUCCACUUCUCAUGGCUUGGCUUCAUGAUUGCCUUCUGGGCAUGGUACACUUUCCCACCGUUGUUGACGGUGACCAUUAAGAAGGACCUGAAGUUGACUAACGCACAAGUCGCCAACUCCAACAUUGUUUCUUUGGUCGCGACACUAUUUAUGCGCCUCAUCGCCGGCCCCGCUUGUGACCGAUUCGGUUCCCGCAUCGUCUUCGGCUCCCUAUUGCUCAUCGGCACACUGCCCAUUGGCCUUGCUCCGUUGGUUACGAAUGCCACAGGCCUCUACAUCAGUCGUUUCUUCAUUGGUGUCCUUGGCGCGACUUUCGUCCCCUGCCAGGUGUGGUGCACAGGCUUCUUCGACAAGAACGUGGUCGGAACUGCCAAUGCCCUUGCUGGCGGUUGGGGCAACGCUGGCGGUGGGAUUACAUAUUUUGUUAUGCCCGCCGUCUAUGACUCCUUCGUUCACGCACGUGGCUACUCUCCUGGCCAGGCGUGGCGGUUGACCUUCAUCGUCCCCGUCAUUUGCCUCCUUGUGUGUGGUCUGGGCCUUCUUCUCCUAUGCGAAGACACCCCUACUGGCAAAUGGGCCGACCGUCAUCUCCAUGCUCAGGAGAAUCUGCAAUCUCACGGUGUCAACGCUGUCGUCGAUGUUCCUGGGGGCAUUACCGACCGUACUGCCGGCUCCAUGGCAUCUGACGAGGAGAAGAGUAGCACUCACGGAAAGAACGGUGUCAUCGCCGGCAACGAAGCCCCUCUCUCCCGCGCCGAGAUGGUUGAGACCGCUCAAGGAGACACUGUGGUCAACCCGACUUUCAAGGAUGCUAUGAAGGUUGUUUUUUCUCCUCAGACCGUUUUCCAUGUCGCCACCUACGGCUGCUCGUUCGGCGGUGAGCUGGCCAUCAACUCCAUCCUCUCCUCAUACUACUUGAAGAACUUCCCUUCUCUCGGCCAGACUGGUGCCAGCAACUGGGCCGCCAUGUUCGGAUUUCUCAACAUCAUCACCCGCCCUACCGGCGGUGUCGUGUCUGACCUCCUCUACCGAUAUGGUGGCCACAACCUUUGGCUCAAGAAGGGCUGGAUCACAGUCUGCGGUCUUCUCACUGGCGCUCUCUUGAUUCUCAUCGGCCAGAUCAACCCCCACAAAGAAGCCACGAUGUUCGGUCUUGUCUUCCUUAUGGCUGUCUUCCACGAGGCAGGAAACGGUGCCAACUUUGGCCUUAUCCCUCACGUUCACGGCCACGCCAACGGCAUUGUGUCCGGUGUUACCGGCGCUGGAGGAAAUUUUGGCGGUGUCAUCUUCGCCAUCAUCUUCCGUUUCAUGGACAACGGCACCAACUACGCCAAGGGCUUCUGGGUCAUUGGCUGCAUCCACAUCGCUGUCAACCUUGGUGUUUCCUGGAUCCACCCGCUCCCAAAGAACCAGCGCCACUGAGCCUGGGUCUUCGUGAAGGUUGACUGAUGACUCUGUUAACGGCCUUUUUAUUAUUAUCCAUUGCUGUUUUGCAUGCCUUUUGGGAAUCGGAGGGAUUACGGGAAAAUGAGAACGGAGUAUGGGAAAGGGCAAUAUGAUAUCCACGGUUGGAAUUUAGUGAAUAAUGUUGUCUUCAAGUAAUUUGAUGUCUAAACCACC